ACUGCGCCAUUGCACUCCAGCCUGGGCAACAAGAAUGAAACUCUGUCUCAAAGGAAAAAAAAAAUUGGGGGAGAAGGUAGCCUGGAUAUUCCUUUCAACUCUAAACUCUAAUUCUGUGAACAGCAGAGAUGAGGGAGAGGAUGAGGCUCCUUCCUUUUUGGACAAAACCCCAUUGGAACUAAAUGCUCCUAGGCUCCCUUGCCUAAGAAGGUCAACCCAGAACAGUGGGAAAUCUGGUUUCACAACUGGGGACCACCAGCUCAGGAUCUCAUGAGGCCCCAGGACCCUCUGAGCACGGGCCCAGAUGCUCAUCCCUGCAGACUGGAUUGGCCCUUAGAGAGCCCUGGCGUUGCCUGAGGCGUUCUGGUUCCUGUCGAUUGUUUGGUUGCAGCAAGGAACAAGACUCUAGGUCCACUUACCAGCAGCUGGGGGAACUGAGCCUCUUACAGAGAAUGAGAGCCCCACCUCUACUCUAGGAAAUGAGCUUUUUAAUUUAACUGGUAAGGCCUCAACCCACACCAGGGGUUCAUGACCAUUGUACAGAUAGCUGUAGCCAGCUGUUCACAGUCCAGACAGACUUGCCCUAUCUAGACAGCCCCCUCCUCCCAGCUCAGGGACCUGUCUGGCUGUGAGCUCCCAGGAGGUCUCAGGGGUGUGACCUCCCUCCCUCCUUCCCUCCCUACUCCCUACCUCCUCCCUCCACCCCAGGCUAUAAAGCUGCCCAGGCUUGGCUCUCAGCACAUCCAGCUGCCUGAGACCCUCCUGCAGCCUUCUCAAGGGACAGCCCCACUCUGCCUCCUGCUCCUCCAGGACAGCACCAUGCGGCCCCUGUGGCUCUGCUGGGCACUCUGGGUGCUGCCCCUGGCCGGCCCCGGGGUGGCCCUGACCGGGGAGCAGCUCCUGGGCAGCCUGCUGCGGCAGCUGCAGCUCAGAGAGGCGCCUACCCUGGACAGGGCCGACAUGGAAGAACUGGUCAUCCCCACCCACGUGAGGGCCCAAUACGUGGCCCUGCUGCAGCGCAGCCACGGGGACCGCUCCCGCGGAAAGAGGUUCAGCCAGAGCUUCCGAGAGGUGGCCGGCAGGUUCCUGGCGUCAGAGGCCAGCACGCACCUGCUGGUGUUCAGCAUGGAGCAGCGGCUGCCGCCCAAUAGCGAGCUGGUGCAGGCCGUGCUGCGGCUCUUCCAGGAGCCAGUCCCCAAGGCCGCGCUGCACAGGCACGGGCGGCUGUCCCCGCGCAGCGCCCGGGCCCGGGUGACCGUCGAGUGGUUGCGCGUCCGCGACGACGGCUCCAACCGCACCUCCCUCAUCGACUCCAGGCUGGUGUCCGUCCACGAGAGCGGCUGGAAGGCCUUCGACGUGACCGAGGCCGUGAACUUCUGGCAGCAGCUGAGCCGGCCCCGACAGCCGCUGCUGCUACAGGUGUCGGUGCAGAGGGAGCAUCUGGGCCCGCUGGCGUCAGGCGCCCACAAGCUGGUCCGGUUUGCCUCGCAGGGGGCGCCGGUCGGGCUUGGGGAGCCCCAGCUGGAGCUGCACACCCUGGACCUUGGGGACUAUGGAGCUCAGGGUGACUGUGACCCUGAAGCACCCAUGACUGAGGGCACCCGCUGCUGCCGCCAGGAGAUGUAUAUUGACCUGCAGGGCAUGAAGUGGGCUGAGAACUGGGUGCUGGAGCCCCCGGGCUUCCUGGCUUAUGAGUGUGUGGGCACCUGCCAGCAGCCCCCAGCAGCCCUGGCCUUCAAGUGGCCGUUUCUGGGGCCUCGACAGUGCGUCGCCUCAGAGACUGCCUCACUGCCCAUGAUCGUCAGCAUCAAGGAGGGAGGCAAGACCAGGCCCCAGGUGGUCAGCCUGCCUAACAUGAGGGUGCAGAAGUGCAGCUGUGCCUCGGAUGGGGCACUCGUGCCAAGGAGCUCCAGCCGUAGGCGCCUAGUGUAGCCACCGAAGGACUUGACUUGUGUGUGUUUCUGAAGUGUUCUAGGGUACCAGGAGAGCUAGCAAUGACUGAACUGCUGAUUGACAAGUGCUCUGUGCUCUCUAGUGAGCCCUGAAUUUGCUUCCUCUGACAAGUUACCUCACCUAAUUUUUGCUUCUCAGGAAUGAGAAUCCUUGGCCACUGGAAAGCCCUUGCUCAGUUUUCUCUAUUCUUAUUAUUCACUGCACUAUAUUCUAAGCACUUACAUGUGGAGAUACUGUAACCUGAGGGCAGAAACCCCAAUGUGUCAUUGUUUACUUGUCCUGUCACUGGAUCUGGGCUAAACUCCUCCACCACCACUCUGGACCUAAGACCUGGGGUUAAGUGUGGGUUGUGCAUCCCCAAUCCAGAUAAUAAAGACUUUGUAAAACAUGAAUAAAACACAUUUUAUUCUGUAA